GGGGCCGCCGUUGCUAGGGGCGACGCGCGGCGGCGGCGAGAAAUGGCGGCGAUGGAGGCGGACGAGUGCGAGGCGGACGAGCGGGUGAAGAUCAUCUGCCUGGGCGACAGCGCCGUGGGGAAGUCCAAGUUGGUGGAGAGAUUUUUAAUAGACGGCUAUCAACCUCAGCAGCUGUCCACCUAUGCGUUAACAUUAUACAAAUACAAGGCUACAGUCGAUGAUAAAACCGUGUUAGUAGACAUCUGGGACACUGCUGGGCAGGAACGGUUUAGCAGCAUGCAUCCGUCCUACUAUCACAAGGCGCAUGCUUGUGUAAUGGUGUUUGAUGUGCAGAGAAAAAUCACGUACAAAAACUUGGCCUCUUGGUACAAAGAGCUGCGUGAGUUCAGGCCUGAGAUCCCUUGCGUAAUAGUGGCCAACAAAAUUGACGCCGAUUAUAAAGUCACGCAGAAGAAUUUCAACUUUGCCAAAAAGCAGGGAUUGCCAUUUUACUUUGUUUCUGCAGCGGAUGGAACCAAUGUAGUGAAGUUGUUCCGUGAUGCCAUUAAGCUGGCCGUCUCGUAUAAACAGAACAGCAAGGACUUCAUGGAUGAGGUCAUGAGGGAGCUUGAGAAUUUUGAGCUGGAUUCCAAGGGUGUGUCAUCAGAAGAAGAUGAUAAUUCGAAGUCUAAGUAGUAUAAUUUUUUGAAGGGCAUAGCUCUGACAUUGGUGCAAACGAGCCUUCCUACAAACUUGGGACAAGAUCGCUAGACAAGCUGAAUGAUUUACAUCUAAAACAUAUUUUUAGAAUUUUAUCUCCUGCUGCUCAAACCAAAUGCACCGUGUUGGUUAUUCAUGUAGUGACUUUCCGUAAUGUUUUCAUUUCCUGGCAGUUUGUGAAAAAAUGCCACGAGUCCUGGGGAUUCUUGAAGUGGUUUAAAACCAUGUUGUCUCAGUGCAAAUAUCAUGUGUACAUUAGUCAAGCACAGGAAUUAUGUUUUAAAAUGUUAAAGUAUGUACAGAAACAAUUGUGAUGUGCCGUGAUAGAAAAAUAUGCAUUGUUUGUAUUUAAUGCAGUUUUAAGUAACGGUGAUGAAAAAAAACUGUUGCUUUCUCUAUAUAACAUUCAAAUGGUAAUUUAUGGCAGUAUGUAAGUUAUUUAACUUUUUAAAAGCAAUCCACCAACCGCCAAACAUCUAAUGCACAUUGGUUUGAUAAUGCACUCCUUGAAUACCACUGCUGUAAACAACAUUUUUGUUAGAAACCUGUGGAUGUUUAAAGGCUAUCAAGGUUAGAUUGUGUUAAAGCCCGUGUACGAUGGCAAUGUUGAGAUCUAGUCAUACAGCCAUGUUUGUAAAUAUAAUUAUAUUUUGUGAUUGUAAUUUAUAGGGAGCCAUACCCACUAAAUAUAAUAAAUGUUUAAUCUGAAAUAAG